AUCCCCGAGAGACGCGAGGCGAGGCGAGGCGAGGGCGAGAAGGUCCAGCUGCCACUGUGAUUUGCUCUGCUUAACGCGGGGAGCGUGAGGUGCAUGGCGUGGUGAUAGGCCGCGGCUAAGCACCAAAGUUUCGGAAAUGGAGCUGCUCACUGCCGCAGCUCCGGGAAGCGGAGGCUACCGAGCAACCGGGCCGAGCCAAGCUGCGCCAGCUACUUUGUUUUACUAGCUCUUCUUGCUGCGGCAUCUGCGCUACUUAAGGCUGUAGGCACUACACAACACCAGCGGAAAAGGGGGGUAAAGGUGUGAGGUGAAGGCGAGAAGCUCGUGAGGAGCAGCGGUGUGUGUGUGCGCGCGCGCGUGUGUGUGGAGAGAGGAGGGGGGAGAAGAACUUGUUGCUCCGGGCGUUUCUUGGGCGCGGCCAUGGACGCCUACGAGGCGACCAAGGUGGUGUUCUCCCGGAUCCAGGCGCUGGACCCUGACCACGCCGCCAAGAUCAUGGGGCUCCUCCUCAUCCAGGAUCACGGCGACAAGGAGAUGAUCCGCCUCGCCUUCGGCCCCGAGGCGCUGCUCCAGAGCGUCAUGGCCCAGGCUCGCAAGGAGCUCUCCCUCCUGCCGGCGUCGUCCCCCACCGUGGCCGGCCAGUCGCCGUUCCUGCUCGCGCGGCAGAACUCCGGCCGCGGCGCCGCGCCCUCUCCGUCCCCGCUGUCCGCGUCGUCGCCGUCAUCGUGGGCGCAGGCCCAGCCGUUCUCGAGGAGCAAUGGUGCCGCGGAUGACGUGGUGGGCGCUAGGGAGGAGCUAAUCAGUCCGGCGAACAGCGGAGGAGGCGCCGCGGCGAACGCGCCGCCCUUCUUUCCUCGGGGCGGGGACGCUCUCCUGGACGACUUCCAGCUGCAGGAGCAGCUCGCGUUCCUCAACGACGGGGGCGUCAACCCCGGGCACCCUCUCCCGCCGUUCGAUGGAGCCGAGUGCCGGAGCCCCGGCCCUGGCGAGAGCAGCGGGAUGUUCCCGUACAGCCUCGGCUGGGCGAACGGUGGCCCUGGGCACCGCCGGAGCGCGUCCGUGAACGAGCUGUGCCUCGGCGGUGGCGGCAGCGACGGCUUCGGGUGGAAGCCUUGCCUGUACUACGCGCGCGGGUUCUGCAAGAACGGGAGCAGCUGCAGGUUCGUCCAUGGCGACGACGUCGCCGCUCUCACGGGCGCUACCAUGGACGCAGCCACCGCCGAGCAACAGCAGUGCCAGGAUUUCCUCCUCCGCUCCAAGAGCCAGCGCCUCGGUCCCGCCGCCUUCCCGUUCUCCCCCACUGGCUCCCUUCCCUGCUCGCCGUCUGCCGCCAGCAAGUGCCUCAGCCUCCUGCUUCAGCAACAGCACAACGACAACCAAAGAGCCGCGGCAGCCGCGCUAAUGCUGGGCGGCAGCGACGAGGCACAGAAGUUCAUGGGGCGGCCGCGCCUGGACCGCGUCGACUUCGCCAGCAUGAUGAACCCCGGAUCGCGCCAGAUUUACCUCACCUUCCCGGCCGACAGCACGUUCCGCGAGGAGGACGUCUCCAACUACUUCAGCAUCUACGGGCCGGUGCACGAUGUGCGCAUCCCGUACCAGCAGAAGCGCAUGUUCGGGUUCGUCACCUUCGUGUACCCAGAGACGGUGAAGCUGAUCUUGGCCAAGGGCAACCCGCAUUUCAUCUGCGACGCCCGCGUGCUCGUCAAGCCCUACAAGGAGAAGGGCAAGGUUCCAGACAAGUACAGGAAACAUCAAGGUGACUUCUCCGGCUGCGCGACCCCAACUGGGCUGGACGCCAGAGAUCCAUUCGAUCUGCAUCAGCUCGGUGCGAGGAUGCUGCAGCACUCAAACAGCGCGAACGAGCUGAUGCUUCGGAGGAAGCUGGAGGAGCAGCAGCAGGCUGCUGAGCUCCAACAGUCCAUUGAGCUCCACAGUCGGCGCAUAAUGGACCUUCAGCUCCUCGACCUCAAGUCUAGAGCUGCAGCCGCGGCGACAACGGCAAUGGUGAUGACAGCGCCCACUGCCAAUGCCUUCGUUUCGACUCAGCCAGCUGCCACCUCCGUGGUCGAGUCGCCGCCUGAUUCUGGCGAGCAGCUUAAGGGCACAGGCUACUUCACAGAAGAGAGGAAAAUGGUCAACGGGGGAGGUGAUAAGGAGGAAUCUGCUGGUGAGGGGAGCCUGAAUGCUGACAGCGACCAAAGCCUGGAGCACAAUUUGCCGGACAGCCCAUUUGCUUCCCCGACUAGGACCUCUGCAUCUGCUCACCAAAGUUUCACCAACACUGAUACCGGCGUCGUCCCCACAAGUAGCUGCAGUGCAUCCCAUGUAGGUGUCAACACCGGCCCUAAUGCUGGAGGUGGAAUCAACCAUCUGCGGCCCUCUACUUUGGAUAUACCUUCCCCAAGAGAUUUCUUCUCGGUUUCCCGCAGGCUGGCCUCCGAUCACGGAGCGAUUGGGAUGUAAAGUUUCUGCAAUGGAUGAGUGAAUCCCCCAGCCUAAUCAUAGAACACAAGAAGCAAAGAAAAGCGAUAGUGGAAUAUAGGAGAAAAGGAGUGAAGUGUCAGCAUAGUGUUUAGCCCCCUUCUUUAUUUCUUUUUUUGUUGCCCUUUUUAGUGGGUAGUUCUAUUAAAACCACAAGUGAAGAUGCCAUUAGCCUUUGACUAGGAAAAAAGCCAGUAGAUGCAGACAUGCAGUGUUGUGAGAUACUUAAUAUAUUUAUAUAUAUUAUAUUAUAUAAAAGCAAUCCAGUUACAAUUAGUAGAACUAAAGCAAUUACAACUGCCAUCAACAAUAUAGUUGAUGCUUACUCAGUUCAUCAAAGCUGAGGUUACUUACCCUGAAGUUACUACUAGUCCACAAGGCCAGUAGCGGCUACAAGUCACAUGUAACACAAGCGAAUCCUGCUAGCUGCAGGGGAUGCAGAUAUCAUGGACAAAUGCAAAUCCCAGAAGAAGCCGGAGAAGGAUCACAUGGCCAUGGCAAGAAGUUGUCUGAAGUUUUCUAUUUGUGCUAUACUAUAAAUAUCUCUUUUUGCUCCUACUUGGCCAUGUUGUUUUGAUCAGGAGUCAAGAGAGUGGCAAGAUCCCACUCAUCAUCGCCUCGGUCAGCUGUCGACCAGCGUUAUUUGCGCCCCUUAGCAGAUGCAGGCCACUUGUACAAAGGACGCCUUUUCUUUGUUCUUUGAACCUCCUUUUGUUUUUCAGGUCUUUUUGCUCAAUGAACCUACUGCUUCUUCUGUAGAUUAGUACCUGUUAGCGUAGCUGUCUAUCUGCUCUUUUCUCUAUAGAAAGAAAAUGAAAGAAAGUUGUCCCAACUAAUUUGUCGCUCUGUAAAAAAAAAAAAGAAGGGCCCCAAUGGAUGGAAUGGAACGAAGGGCUUGUGUUAAUUUAUUAAUCUGCUAAUUUCCCCGUGGUUA